CCUCGUGGAGGAGGGCCUGGCCUCACAUUUUCUGGAAUGUAUAAAACGCCAGGCGGAGUACAGAAGAGCGUCGCACAUCACCUCAAGCAUCCGCACAAUGAAGGUAUUUGUUUUAGCAGUUCUCAUCGGCGUAGUGGCCGCCAUGCCGCAGGAUGCGGCUAAACCGCCAGUUGAAAUCAUCACGUCCGAGAGCGAAGGACCCAAUUUGGACGGCAGUUACAAAUUCAAGUUCGAAACGGCCGAUGGCGUGAAACGCGAAGAGGAAGGAGCCCAGAAACAGAUCGGAGAAGAGUCUGGAGCGACGUCCCGAGGCUCGUGGUCCUACACGGCGCCGGAAGGUGACAAGAUCGAGCUGACCUUCGUCGCCGACGAAAACGGGUUUCAGCCGCAGGGCGCUCACCUUCCCGUGGCUCCCGAGCCGUCGCCGGCCAUCAAGCGAGCCUUGGCCAUCAUCGCCCGAACCAACGCCGCCGACGAGGCCCGCGCUGCCGGCAUGAGCACCAAGCAGAAACUCCAAAUGCUCGGCCUCCUCGACCAGAGACUUGGCCUCAAUCGUAAAUAAAUUGUCAUUCCCCAAUUUCACAAUCAAACCCCCAAUCGAUGCGCUCCCGUGCGCACAAAACCCCCCAACUUUUGUUUAUAUUGCAAUUUUUUUUCGAUUAAAACAAAAAAACGAACAAAAACCAAAAGAAAAAAUUGACCAACCACUAAUACUCGAUGAUGAAUCUUGGGCCUCCUCUUUUUAUAGUGAUACUUUUGGAAAAGACCGUCAUUAAAAUAAACGAGAUGAAAGAGUGA